GCCGAGCUCCGCUUCUGCUCCGCCGUCAGGCCGAGCCUGCGGCGGCCCCGCCGCCGCGGCAGGUGUGGUCUCCGGCACGCCGCCGCCCCGGCAGGGGGCAGCACUGCUCCGCGCCUCCGCGGGCCGUGCAGCUCACGCCCGGUGCGGGCACCCCGGUCCGCUCUCAGGCCGGGCGGCCCCUGUCCGCCGCGGCUUUGCGGGCUGUCGCGGCCGGUAGCCAGCUCUGGGCGGCCCCGCCAGACGAGCUUGCGAAAAGGCUCAGUGGGGCCCGGGCCGCUGAGAGGCGCAGCCGCCCGCGGUCGCGUCGAGCCGUGGCAGCCUGGGGAAGCCGGGCAGGUGCCUCGGCUGCCGGGAGGCGCGGCCCCUCCGCCGGACAGGUCGCUCCCGGGCGGUAUGCCGGGCCAUUCCCGCCGGGGUGCUGGUCCGCUCGCCGGGCGCUAUGAGGGGCUUUAGCCGCACUCGGACGCCGGUGGGGCGAGGGCGUGUGCGGCAUUGGCUCCUUCCCGUCGCUGCCAGCCGGCCGCUGGGUCCCGCGGGCGCUCUCAGCGGCGGGCCGGGCUUGCCCCGGCGUAGGCGGUGGCGGUGCGCGGGGCAGGUCGCGAUCGCAUCGCCCGGCCCUCCCCCUGCGAGGGGCUCGCCGCCCUCCCCUCCCCACCCCCCGGCUCCUGCCAGGGAGCGGUUGGGGGGAUUUAUAGGAGUAACAACGGCUCGUGAUGUCAGCCCGUGCCUAAAAUAGAGAGGGAUAGACCGCAAAUCCACGGCUCCACGGCUAAAGCCUUCCAAUCCCGCCGCAGCCAGCCCCGCGCCGGUGUGAAGUCACCCCCACCUCCCGCACACCCCCGCACACAGACACACACACACGCCGCACACGCCCCGCACACACGCACACCCCCUCGGCGAGGGGAGGGCGCCAGGGAUCACAGCCCAGGUGCCAGCUCCUCCUCGCCGCGCCGGCCACGGCUGGGCCGGUCCCCGGUGCACGGACAGACCUUGCUGGAGCGGCGGCGGCGGCUGGAGGAGAGCCGAGGAGCUGCCGCCGGAUCCUCGCACCGCGGAGCUUCCCUCCCCCGCCCCCCCCCAGCCCCGGAUUACAAGGAACUGCCUGCUUUUUCCCAGCGGCGAACGAGGGUUAUCCCAAAGAGCCAACCUCCUCCGUGCCCCGCGGCCCGAAGGAAUCCCCGUGGACUCUUGAGGAGACAAGGUGGCUCUCGGGACCAUGGCAUCGACAGAAGGGUCAAAAGCUGAGGAUGGAGAUAAGCUUUUCACACUGGCCUAAAUGCCAGCAAACUGAGGCACCGUAAGGAUCAUCAGGGGAAGGGGAUCUCGACCAGACCUUGUUCCAGAGAGGCUUUCUACCGCACCGGCACAGCGGCAAGGAGGCGGCAGAAAGUGCCCGUUGCUGCCAGCAGAGCAGUGUGUCUCAAGCACGCACAGGUACCUGGAGAAAGGCCUACUGGAGUGCCAACAAUAUGCCUAAGCAAGUAGAAGUGCGGAUGCACGAGAGCCAUCUGAGCCCAGUGGAGCCCAGGCCUGGGAACAUAUGUGUGCAGUUCUGCCAGUCGCUGCACAGGAACCUGCUCCUGACUCUCACUGUCUUUGGUGUCAUCCUGGGUGCAGUGUGUGGGGGUCUUCUUCGGCUAGCAACGCCUAUUGAUCCUGACAUCAUCAUGUUAAUAGCCUUCCCAGGAGAUAUACUUAUGAGGAUGCUGAAAAUGCUGAUCCUCCCUUUAAUUAUCUCCAGUUUAAUCACAGGACUGUCUGGUUUAGACGCUAAAGCAAGUGGCCGCUUGGGUACAAGAGCCAUGAUCUACUACAUGUCCACCACCAUCAUUGCUGCUGUGCUGGGCGUGAUUUUGGUUUUAGCCAUCCAUCCAGGGAAUCCAAAACUCAAGAAACAACUUGGCCAAGGCAAGAAGAACGAUGAAGUAUCCAGUCUGGAUGCUUUCCUGGACCUGAUCCGAAACCUGUUCCCCGAAAAUCUAGUCCAAGCAUGCUUUCAGCAGAUCCAAACUGUCACCAAGAAGGUGCUGGUGCCACCACCCAUGGAAGAGCCACCCAACGUGACAGACUCUGCCUUGGCUGUGCUGAACGAGUCAGUGCGUGAAGCACCUGAAGCCCAGCUGGUCAUUAAGAAGGGCCUGGAGUUCAAGGAUGGCAUGAAUGUGCUGGGUUUGAUAGGAUUCUUUAUUGCCUUUGGCAUUGCUAUGGGGAAAAUGGGAGAGCAGGCCAAGAUGAUGGUGGAUUUCUUCAACAUCCUGAAUGAGAUUGUUAUGAAGUUAGUGACCAUGAUCAUGUGGUACUCUCCUUUGGGCAUUGCUUGCCUCAUCUGUGGAAAAAUCAUUGCCAUCAAGGACUUAGAAGUGGUUGCUAGACAACUGGGCAUGUACAUGGUCACUGUGAUUGUGGGCCUUCUCAUCCACGGAGGGAUCUUCCUGCCUCUGCUCUACUUUGUGAUUACCAGAAAAAGCCCAUUUUCCUUCCUUGCUGGGAUUUUCCAGGCCUGGAUUACAGCACUGGGCACAGCUUCCAGUGCUGGGACACUGCCUGUGACGUUCCGGUGCCUGGAGGAGAAUCUGGGCAUCGACAAGCGCGUGACGAGGUUCGUCCUUCCCGUCGGAGCCACCAUCAACAUGGAUGGGACUGCCCUCUAUGAAGCUGUGGCUGCCAUCUUCAUAGCACAGAUGAAUGGAAUUGAGCUGGAUGGAGGCCAGAUAGUCACUGUGAGCCUGACUGCCACCCUCGCAAGCGUUGGAGCUGCCAGCAUCCCCAGCGCUGGACUGGUCACCAUGCUGCUGAUCCUAACUGCAGUGGGUCUCCCUACCCAGGACAUCAGCUUGCUUGUUGCUGUUGACUGGCUUUUGGACCGGAUGAGAACGUCAGUCAAUGUGGUGGGGGAUUCUUUUGGUGCUGGCAUUGUCUACCACCUCUCCAAGGCAGAGCUGGACAGCAUCGACUCCCAUCACAAGGGGCACGAAGACAUUGAAAUGACCAAGACUCAAUCCAUCUAUGACGACAUGAAAAACCAUAGGGAAAACAACUCAAACCAGUGUGUUUUUGCAGCUCACAACUCAGUCAUAGUAGAUGAGUGCAAGGUCACACUGGCAACCAAUGGCAAAUCUGCAGACUUCAGUGUUGUUGAAGAAGAGCCUUGGAAACGUGAGAACUAAAGGAAGAGGUUCCUAGCUCCACCUUUAAUAAGCCCUGAAGCUCUCUCCUGGCAAAAGAUAUCACCAUUAAAGAAGAUUUCUCUCUCCUUUUUUGUUUCCUGUUUAACAGCCACAGUUUCUGCUUACUUAAUUCCUUAACUGAAACUUAGCAAAGAUGUCACCGAGCUCCUCUAGUGUCUUUGCCAAGCCCUGCUGCGUCCCCAGCCGUCUCCCUGGCGCUGCUGUGCGGACGGUGCAGCUGCAGAGCGCCCCGUGCAGUGCCGUGCAGUGCUCCGUGCAGUGCUCCGUGCAGUGCCAUGUGCUUUUGCCUCUUGUUCCAGACACAGAGAAUGUAAAAUGCUGCAACGUGGGAAGAUCCAGGUGCCAGCAGAGUUCACUGCAGCUGCUCAGGCUCACAGGCAGGGGAGAAGCACACCACCACUGGGCCUCCCAGUGUUCUGCUGGCCCUUGUGGCACUCCUGGGCUGUUUGGCGCUGUGUGGCUGCAGCAUCUUUUGGCAAUCUCCAGCAAGGUUUCUGUUUGUUCUCACAAUAACAAGCACUGUAUUUUCGUGCCUAGUUGUACUUUGAACUGAGCUUAGAUCCAGGGGCAAGAUGAAUGCGUAGAGGUCAAUAAAUGCUAGCAGGCAUUUUGUUAGGUCAGGACAAUACUUUAGCAUCCCAACAGCACCUUAGGUGUCUGUGUGCAUGUGAUGUGUUUUUGUCAGCUGUCCCAGGGCAGGUGCAGCCUUUCCUUUGCAAUGGGGCUGUGCAGCUUUGUGACCACAGUGCAUCAGGCAGCACAAGGCAGCGUUGCUGCAGGGGGAGUUCCUUCACUGAUGCUGUGCCUGAUGUGCAAAACACAGAAUGCCGUGGGCUGAAGUUAUGCCAUUCUUUGUCAAACGAGGUAGCACCUUACGAUUGCCCCUGCUUUGCUGGUGCCGGGGGGACAGGACUACUCAAGUAAGGUGCUACUGAGGUUGAUUGUGGAUGCCAUGACUGAGGACUUUAUAAGGAGCUCUAAACAAAUUCUGAAGCCAUUACUCUAAGAAACUUGAAGUUUCAGUAGCAUUGGAUAUGAAGUGAAAGCCACUUUUCAAGUGUUUCAGAGCAUGGCUAAAUCCUGAAUAUUUGCUAAGCCUAAUUCCAGAGAAGGGUGAAAGAAUUUGGCCAGGGUUAGAACUGAUGGAAUAACCAAUCAGAAUUUCAGGAUGUAAGUGAGAACAUUCAUUACACAUCUCUCUCUUUCAGAGUAACAAUUCAUACAAAGCUUCAGAGAACCCUUUCUUAGAGCACAUGGUAUCUGAAUUAGCAGCUUAGUGUUUUGGCAGCAUAGUGUAACUGACUCACCUGGCAAGAAGAAAUUGCAGCCACAGUAAGCACCCUGUGAGGGGUUUUUAAAGGUGCUUGCUAGUACUCAGCAGUAUUAAGACACUGGUCAAUGCCAUUAUGCUAUUAGCAAUGUGCUGUAGCAAAGCUGAGCCACGUGGCCUUGGGAGGCUCUGCCCACGCAUCCAGCUUUGUGCAGCUCCGGGGAGAGCACUCAGAGCUUCUCAGAAUGGGUCAGAAUACGAAGGUCUGGUGAACUUAAAAAUGGCAGAAAACAGAGCUGAAACCCGGAGAGAAGCAGGCCCUUGUGGUGUCUGUGCCCAGGCCUGCCGUGGGCUUAAACAGGAGCUGCCUGUUUCACUGCAGACUGGCUCUUGGCACCCUCAGAGCUGUUCAGAUACAAUCUGCUUUUGCUCACCUGCAUGUCUAGAAAUGCAUCUGAAAAUGCACAUGGGCCUGAGCUAGCAGCCAAGGCUACUUGGAUGACUGAGGGUGUGCAAGAUCAAGCCCACUGUCAGGGCAGCCCUCACCUGAGUGUGUGCUUUGAUGAUGUAUUCCCCUGCCUCACUUGCAUGCUGCACCUACAACCUUCAGCAAAUGGCCUCUGGAAUUGAACAAACACUGAGCCCCUCUCAAUUCUUUCUGCAGACUUGCACCUGUGCUUGAGGUGGAGACCUUCUCCAGUGGCCUCCUGAAGCAUUUCAAGGGUUUUCCUUUGCGAGGGGAGGCAUUCUAAGGCCUUCAUAGCUGUGGUGGGCAGGUUGUCUUCUCUUGUCUUCAGUCAUUGCUAUGACAUGUCCAGAAUUCCCCUCCAGCCAGCUGCUGCUGCUCCCGGUUUGCACUCGAAGGCGUUUCCUGCUGGCUUCGUGCCAGAAGGCUGCCUGGGCUGGUGUGGGGGCGCUCUGAAACGGUCCCUGCUCUGGGGGGCAUUUGCUGUGACUUGGGUGCUAGUUGCAGCCACAGAUAGCAGACAGUGCUUGGCCCAGUUUCUAAGCAGCGUUCUCGAGCUGGUCCAUGGCACAGCUUACCCUUUAAUGGAUGACUUUCCAUCCUCCUCACCAUACCGGCUCCUCAGGAGCAGCCACAUCUACUGCUUACCUUGGAAGUAGAUUUAGAGAGCUGGUCCAUACCCUUUCAGCUGUCAUUUGUAACUGUUCAGCAGUUGGAAACAAAUGGGAAUGCCAGCAACAUGUGACUAGGCAGCCCCCCAGCACUGCAGACUGAGAAACACUUAGGCUGUGCUUAACGCUUAGCCGCCCGGGACGUGCCGUCCUUUGAAGAGGGCUGCUUUGGAUGGAGACUAGGGGAGGGAGGAAUGAGAUGCUGGAGGAACCUCACCCACGUAAGGCAGAAUAAAUUUGGGUCUUUGAUAGGACUAGAAUAGCAGGCUGUGAUUUUUGGAAUAGUUGUUCUGUAGCUACAGUAACUCAGGGAUGUGCCAGAAGGCAAUUGCAAUGGGAUUGCUCUGUUGGGCCGUGGACGUGGCAGAAGGAGAAAUGUUGUUUGCUCUGCUUUUAGCUUGACUGAACAUUGAAUAUGAUGUUACUCCAGCACAGCUUUCUAUUUAACAAUCAAAGAGCUUUCCAUCGCUCUGGGAAAAUGUAGCUCACUCCUUGGCUUGCAUCUCUUGAUUUGCUCAUUCCACAUGAGCAUGGGUUGCUACUUAACUACAUAAACAGAAAAUAACCCAGGGGGCGGCGGCCGCAGCUAAUCCAGGGGUCACAGUUCAGCAGGCGGCGCCAGUGGCUGCCCAGUCUUUGCUGGGGUUCUCCAGGAGUGUUGGUGCAUUCGUUUGCAUCUGGCAAAUCUUUGGUGCUUCUUUGCAGUGCUGGGGUGGCAAAGUGGAAGGAGAAGCACAGCGGGAAGUGAUUCGUUGUCUGUGUAGGUCCUAAACAAAUUGACCUUUCUGCCUGUAUUCAUCUCGUUUGCCGCUUCCAUCGGUUCCCUGCACCCUCGUCUGUGCAGCUGUGAUAUGCUUUGGAUUGCUCAGAGAUGGCACAGAGGAAAGUCUAGGCCAGGCAAAGACUCUGUUAAUUGCAUGCUUAAUUAAGUACAGGCUUCUGCAUUUGCUGCAGGAGCGAAGUGGGCCACUCACAAAGAGGGAAGCAGGUAGUGCGUUCAAACUGCAGAAGAGGUGGAGCACUUCGCUGCUGAGUUUGUCUCUGCUGCUCAGAGGGGGAAGGUUGCAGCAGCGCGGUGAGAAACACGUGUGGGUCUCGCACCACAAAAGUACUCCAGACAGGUAGAGGAUAAGCCAUGUGAGCUGUGCCAGGCCCGCAGUGUUCAGGCUAGAUGAAAGCCGUGCUAAAACCUACAGCAGUCACAGGCCUGCAGGAAAGGGUGAGUCCCUUCCCGUCUCUGUUAGGUUCAAGACAUUUCACAAUCCUGUCCCAGGCAAGAGCCUUUGUCUGCCAUUUAUACUGACAGUGAUUAUCACAUCCAAAUUAUUUCAACCAGGGUGCUUCUUUUUUUGCCCUUUCCCCCCCUAACUGUUUCUAGGCUAGGAGUCCAGCAAUGAAUUUAAAGCUCAACACAACAGAAAGGAUCACUGGCACCACCUUUUUUUUUGUUGCUGUUGUUUUGCUUUCCACUUAUUCCCAGAGAUACAGCUCAAAGCCUUGGGAUUACAAACUUUGUGCCCCUUUAAAAUGGGCUGUUAGUUUUCCAGCAAGCAGAUACUCAGAAGGGUAACUUGCCCUUCUGAGGAGCUGCAGCAGCAGCAGCAGCGUUUGAGCAAAUCCGUUCUGGCAAUUGUCUUUGCUUCCUCGCUUUCACUUGUGUUGUUACACCCUUGUUGUAGCAACACAGCAGCCGUCCUCCAAACCUCAAGCAGUGUUAAACCUCACCUCUGACAUUCAUUUCUGUAACUGUCUUUGAAAAGAAUCUGAGCUUUAGUACUGGGCUCAGAAAAAAAAGCAAAAGCAACAAAACCUUGUGUGGAGCAGUAAAGGUUCAUCUGUUUCUUAUUUCCUGACGUUCUGGUCGUCUCUUGUCAUUGCUGCACUUGCAUUCAUUUCCAGGAGGAUAAACAAGGGCACUUUAUAACAAAUGUACUGUAAUUCUACUCUGUUAUGAGCCAGAAGACUUUCCUUGCUUUUAUUACUGUGACUUCUGAAGCCACAAGGAAAAAUUCUCUGGUAUUAGCAAUGCCAGUAGGUAUGCAGCCCAUUGGGACCAUUCACCUCAGCUGCAGUUCACCACAUAGGACUAUGUAGAAGCUCCUGUUCCCAGCAGAAAGCCCUCUUGGGAAGAUAAGUUAUUUUCUUCUCUCCAAUUGCAUUGAUGACUUUGCAGGAAAAAUAUUUACCCAUCUUCCUUUGGGUAGAAAAGGGAAUUGCAGUACUGAAGUGUCAAAGAAGACAGUCCAGCUCCACUGUGGUUUGUUCCUUCUGCCAGUGUUGUGUUCUUGCUCAUGUUCACCUGAAACCAUGGAUUUAAUGCAAAUUCCUUCCAGAGUCACUGAGCUUUCUUCCCACACACUCCAAGGCUGCCUCUCCUCAUAGUCCUCAGACAAAGCACAGACUAAGGCACCCCAAGGCAGGGCUCCUCAUACAGAGCCUAGCAACAGUGCCUGAGUACAGCCUGCACAGUGGGUACUUCUCUCUUUCUUCCUGAUCACACUUGGAAUCUUUUGGUGUGAAGGAGUCAAACUGCUGUUGAUGCCUAGGUGCUGGCAGUUCUUGUAUGAGUGGGCUCCCUGGCACAAGGCUUGGAGGAGCCGUUACGCACAUGUGCCCACCAUCCCAGGGACAUCUUCCCCUGCUCAGGGGACACCUGGUGACUUGCCACUACAGGGUUGGUACAAGUCCUAAUGGCUAAGGUGGUUGUACCAUUGCAGCUAUGAGUCUCAUGGAAAACCCAGGCUCCAAACGUUGACAAAUCCUAGAGCACAUAACCGAACCACUGAGUAGGGCUCUGCUAGUCCAGGAUGGGAGUAAGACAGUGGGCGAACGCAGGAUGUGGGGAGGCAAAAAGACCUGGGAGAUUUCUCACUUUACCUACCCUUUGAUCCCUUCUAAGCAAUUGUGCUGCAGAGCCAAGGCUGCUCUCUGCCAGUGUCCAGUCCUUCCAGCCUGAUUUGGCAAAGUUCAGGUGUCCUGCCAGUUGUUUUUAGCGCUGCUCCGCGGCACCCAGCCUGACACAAGGGGAAACCUUGGAUUGAAGUCCUUGGCUCGAACCCCUUGGAUUUCCCCGGUACCUGUAUAUUGCUUUGUACAUAAGUAACGUGGUUAGCAGGGAUAUUUGUAUCAUUCUUUUCUAUUGUUCUGUGUUUGUUUUUAAGGACCGUAUGCAAACUGUGUUUAUAACUUGACCUUGCAGUCAGUGUUGCAGAUGAUUGCGUUUCCAUGGCGGUGUUUCGUACGGACUUGUGAGUUCUCGUGGCCUGCGGGUAGUCCUCCCUUCCUAAAGACCAUGGCAUAUCCUUCCUUCCACCCUGCUCCUUGAGGAAGUGUAUCCCGUUCCCUGGGUGCUCUGGUGUCAACCCCAGCAUGUAGAAUGCAUGAGAAAAAGCCGUGUUUGUGUUUCUGCUGUUAACUAUUAGCUGCUCGGUGCUGGUUGAGUUAUUAACGCAGGGUUUAGGGGUUUGUACUUGUUCUCAAGUGUAGACUGAACUAAAUGAUGUAGUAUCUGUACUUUACAGACAACGCUGAUAUUUUCUAAUGCUGUUUUCUAUAUGGCUGUGUGAGGUAGGGGAUAAUCCUUUCAAGGUCCCUUAGGACAAACCCAGUUUUCUUACAACCUUUAGAAUGGAUGAAGUAUUUUUUUCUCGUGUUAUGUUUAGGGAUGGGUUAUAAACUAAGCACAAAAUUCAAGAAGCAAAUAGGAAUUUCAAAAUGUCCUUAAAUGCUGCAGUUCAUUAUGGAACAAUGUUAUAAUAACCUGAACAAUCUUCUAGAUUGACUGUCUUGGGCAAUCGUCCCUCUCCUUUGUCAUUUCUCCUGGUGUUCAUGUUGCCAAAUCCUGUAGCUCUUCCUCAGGAUCUGCCCAUCCAUAACUGCCUGGCUCGGAAUACAGCUUACAGAGGACUGGAGCUCCUGAUAGCAAAGCCCUGUUAUCAGAUCCCCACUCUACCUGUGAGUUAAGCUGAUGGAAAGAGCUCACAAUUUGGCUGCUUGCCUUUGCCUUCUUGAAAAGGGACCAAAAGCAUCCCCAUGGGACCAAUGUCGUUGGGUAGCAUCCCUACAAAUACCUCCUGCUUUCUUAUGUAUUUGAAAGAAAACAACCACUACUUUUGUUUUUGACCAGGACAAGUGAGAGUUGCUUCUCUACUCUGGCCAUCAGCUCCCAUUUUAGGCAAACCCCUGUUGGUGUGAAGGCCGUGGCUAGAAUAAUUACUAUUUAAUUGACAAGGAAAUGUUUAUAAAGGAAUAAAAAUAAAAACUUAAUAUAAAUAUUCAUUUGUAUAGAAACCAAAAUAUUUUAUGGCCUGCAGCUCUUGAACAGCAAGCUUGCUGUCCCAGUGUGGCUGAGGUUGGAGUGGAUGAUCUCCAAGGUCUUUCCCACCCCUCAGCCAUUCCAUGAUUCUCUGAGACCGAGUCUCUGUUCAACUAUUCUGAAAUCCAUGGGGCCACGGAAUUCUGCUGAGGUUUUGGAGACUGAACUUCUGGUAGCCAUAGCUGUAGGCAGUGUGUUGAUCUACCUUUGUAUUGAAUCUCUUCCUCGUGUUUUCAAGCAGAUAUACCAGGGGGUCUCUUAGUAGGAACUGCAGGUAGAAUAGUGCUGAGUUACUACUAGCUGUAAAACCUUCUUGAUCCCAGUUUUGACAUUUUGUUGAAGCAUGAUGUCCAGUGCCUCUCUGCACUCAGUGUAGGUAGUGUAGCUCUCCACAGGUAAUUUCAGUGAAAUGCUGUAGACUGCAUGCUAGCAGUGCUUGAACUUAAUUUAACUGUUUCUGUGUACUGAGCCAUAGUAGAAAAUUAGAUUGUUUCUAAAACUUGGUUCUCCUCUGGGCUCCUUUCCUUUUAGCCCUUCAGCUGAUUAGCUCCCACAGCUUAGUAAUUGCUUGGGCUGUCUCUUACGGAGCAUCCUGUUCUGGUAGCAUUCAGAACCACGCCUGCAGCCCAGCUGCUAUAAAUCUGUCCUGCUUGGAGUUCAGCUAUCUCAGCGCCCUGGGGCGUGCAGGCACCCACGUGGCUGCGAUGCCAGCAGAGCUCUGCUGCCCUGGCAGUGCAGGAGGAGCUGAUGCUCACCUAGAGCGAUGAGCUUCUGCUGCCCUGGCAGUGCAGGAGGAGCUGAUGCUCACCUAGAGCGAUGAGCUUCUGCUUUGUGCUCUUCUCCUUCACUUGCCAUGCUGGGACUCUCUCACCAGAGUGUUAGCAAGCUCCUGCUCACACUGUCAGAGGGAGGAAGGGCAGACCCAGGCAGCCACUUUCCCGCUGGCUGCUUUUGGCUCUCGGUGCAGCGCACAGCAAUCAGCCUUCAGUCACAUUGCAGCUUCCCUCCGAGUCACUGCCAGCUUCUCCUUGACUACAGGCAAGGGCAGUCAGACGGCUGGCCGAGGCUGCAGGGCAGCAGGGGCCUGCCAGUGGUCUCCAGAGUGCCCGAGAAGUCCAAGUAGGAAGCUGUGCCUCGUCCCCUUCACAGGAGCAGUCUCUGAGGAAAACGAACAUGCUCACGGGCAAAGAUGUGCUUCCUUUCCCUGUUAAAAAGGAUGCUAAUGGUAAUUAGAAAUUGACUGCAAAGCUAGAUGUUUCUGGAGCUACUCUGUUGGUCGUCCAGGCCUGUUAGUUCCUAAAGGUGUGUCUGAUCAUGAAGCAGACAUGUGAGCUAUGGAGUCAGCUGCACGAACCUGCUGAAAUCGGGACUGCAGUUCAGGUCUGGCAGAGAAUAAAACCUUUCUGGGGCAAAAUCUGAAGGUGUUUCUGAAAGAGCUUGGGAUAGCAAGAAGAAGCUGAUUGAUUUCCAGAUACCAGGCCUGGGUCUCAUUCCCUGUCAGCGGCUCCUAUCAGGCCCAAAGCAUGGGAAGCAUCCUCUUGGUGAGCCCCAUGCCACUCUCCAAGGUGACCCGCAGGCUCCAGCCCCGCACACUGCCUGCUACCAGCCCCUGCCCCUCCUGAAAGUUAGCAGGCACCAGCUGGUUGUUUGAGAUGUUUCCUGUGGAGAGGGGCAAGGCUGCUCUGUUCUUUACACUCCAAGAGCUCCCCAGGUAUACAGCAUCUAGAGCAUGGCUCUUUUGAAAACUAAUGGGUGCAGAGGAUAAAAAGCCUUCAGCUGUGGGCUCUUCUUGUGUAUUAUAGCUGGAAUGCCUUGUAGGCUGGGGCUGCUUUUGUAGUUCCAAUCCUUUCCUCCUCACAACCAUCAGUAGUCAUUUGCUUCUACUGCUUCCUUAUGGUGUGAACUGAUCUCUGUACCUGUCCUGUGUAAACCAGACUAGACCUUCUUUCUAUACUGGAAGUAGUGGUGGCUAUAAUAUUUCACUAAGUGUUGUACCUCUUCUGUACAUAUCAUCAAUAAAUGUUGGUUCAUAAUUUUCA